CAAACUCUGUUUAAUUUUAAAAGUCAUUUAAGUUUGCUAAUAGAAAUUCUGGACAAUGAAAAUUAAAAUUAAUUAAAAUACCCCAAAGUCUAAGAAACAAUGGCUUAUGGAUUUUUGUUUUGGUUUUGUAGGAAGGUUUUGUUUUUGUUUUUUGUUGUUUUUGGGACAGGGUCUCCCUAUAGCCAUAGCUGGCCUGGAACUUGAUAUGUAGACCAGGCUGGCCUCUACCUCCCAAGUGUUGGAAUUAAAGGUGUACACCACCAUGCCUGGCACUAAUGCAUUUUUUAAACUAUAAAAACUUACAUAUAAUUGUAUUUUCCAAAUCCUUUUCUCAACAUAGAUGGCCUAUUUUUUUUUAGCUGUGUGAUCCUCAGAAAAUCAGGCUUUUUCAUUUGGUUCUUAUAGGAUUAGUAAUUAGCUAUUAUUAUUUACCUUGUUUAGUUCCUGAGACCCUAUGCACAAAAUACACUUAUUGUCCCACAGGACCAGUACAAACGUAGUUAGAGAUUUAAAGAGUCACAUGAUUCGUGAAGUAGGUAAAAAGCUUUGUCUGCCCAAGUUCUGUGUGUGUGUGUGGGGGGGUGUCUUGCAAUCAUCUUUGUAAUUAAGGUAUAAGACCUUGUAAGAAAAAUCCAUCUUUGGCAGGAUUAUUAUGGUACACUGGCGAAAGGCGAGAAGACCAGGAUGAGCAGGAGAUGGCGUCUGCCUAGAGGUCCAAAGUGAGAGCCCAGUGUAAGAAAUAACCAUGACGUCAUUGGGCUAAUUUUGCAUGGCUAUGGAAUCCGGGUCAGGGGUCACACAGCUGUUAUAUGCCAAGCCCCUUGAAUAUGGGACUUACAGGUAGACUAAGCACGAGCACAUAACACACAAGCAAAACAUGGUGCACAUUUCUGAAAGAGCAGUCCUAGGAUUAGUAAAGAAUGUGCAUUACUCCACAACGUGAUGAAAAUUGAAAUCUUACAGUCCUAAAGUGGAACCAUUAGGGAUCUGGCGACUUGCUGGAUGAGAGGAUCUUUAAGAACCUAGUCCAGCGCACUCUAAAUCCGGCAAAGAGCGCCUGAAAAUCUGUACUAGGAAGGAAAUACGAGGUUUUCCCCACGGGCGCCUUUGUCCAAAGUCUGUAACUAUUUUCAAUUGUGUUGAUUGGCCAGCUCUGCCCUUCGCAGCUCUUAAAGGCUGAGGUGCUCCGCCACAGUAAGCGCGUAGACCGCGAGGGGGCAGCAAGGCCGCUCGAGGCUCUCUAACUUCAGUUCUCUCUCACCAUGGUCUAAGGACUAAAGCUGAGACGCGAAAUGGUGGCCUCGUCUCUUGCUGUCCUGCGAGGUAGCAGGCUGAGCCAAGGAGGCCUGAAGAACUGGGCGCGGUGGUCGGGACAUUCGCAGGCGAGCGCGGGGGUCGGGAUCAACUGGGCUCCUGCGCGGACCGCGACGACGCUGAUCCUGGAGCCCGCGGGCCGCAGCUGCUGGGACGAGCCGCUGCGCAUAGCCGUGCGCGGACUCACCCCCGAGCAGCCCGUCACGCUGCGCACGGCCCUAAGCGACGAGAAAGCCGUGCUCUUCCGCGCCCACGCGCGCUACCGCGCCGACGCCGGCGGCGAGCUGGACCUGGCGCGCGCGCCCGCGCUGGGCGGCAGCUUCGCGGGGCUCGAGCCCAUGGGGCUGCUCUGGGCCCUGGAGCCCGACAGGCCUCUCUGGCGCCUGCUCAAGCGGGACGUGCAGACGCCCUUCGUGCUGGAGCUGGAGGUGCUGGACGGCCACGAGCCCGACGGCGGGCGGCUGCUGGCCCGGGCGGUGCACGAGCGCCACUUCCUGCCGCCCGGGGUGCGGCGGGUGCCCGUGCGCGCGGGCCGGGUGCGCGCCACUCUCUUCCUGCCGCCAGAACCUGGGCCCUAUCCUGGGAUCAUAGACCUUUUCGGAGUUGGAGGUGGCCUUCUGGAGUACCGAGCUAGUCUGCUGGCUGGGAAGGGUUUCGCUGUCAUGGCCCUGGCUUAUUAUAACUAUGAUGAUCUCCCCAAGGGCGUGGACAGCAUGCGCAUGGAGUAUUUUGAAGAAGCUGUGAACUACCUGCUUAGCCACCCUGAGGUAAAAGGUCCAGGAAUUGGGCUGCUUGGGAUUUCCAAAGGGGGAGAACUUGGCCUUGCUAUGGCCUCUUUCCUGAAGGGCAUCACAGCUGCUGUCAUCAUCAACGGCUCUGUGGCUGCUGUUGGGGGAACGAUUUACUACAAGGAUGAGAGUGUACCCCCUGUGUCCAUACUGAAAGAUCGUAUCAAAAUGACCAAAGAUGGCCUCAUGGAUAUUGUGGAUGGUCUGCAAAGCCCUUUGGUAGAACCGAAGAGCUUCAUUCCCGUGGAGAGGUCUGACACCACCUUCCUGUUCCUGGUAGGUCAGGAUGACCACAACUGGAAGAGCGAGUUCUAUGCCAAUGAGGCCUCCAAACGCUUACAGGCCCAUGGGAAGGAAAAGCCCCAGAUCAUCUGCUAUGCAGAAGCGGGGCACUACAUUGAGCCCCCUUACUUCCCCUUGUGCAAAGCUGGCAUGCACCUCCUGGUCAGUGCUAAUAUCACCUUUGGAGGGGAGCCUAAGGCUCAUGCCAUGGCCCAGGUAGAUGUGUGGCAACAACUCCAGGCUUUCUUCCACACACACUUGGGUUGUAAGAGUUAGGCAGUGUCUUUCCUAAAAUAUAACCUAUUAUCUAAUGGCUUAGGGGAAAAAACCUCAAAUAUAUUCUAAGAAUAUCAGUUCAGAUUAAUUCAUCUGAAAAUAUUCUAAUCCUUUUAAGUUUUUUCUUUAUGUAAUAAUAUUAAAAACAGUGCCUAAUUGGGCAUGGUGGUGCAUGCCUUUAAUCCCAGCACUUGGGAGGCAGAGGCAGGUGGAUCUCUGUGAGUUCAAGGCCAGCCUGGUCUACAAAUAAAUAAGUAAAAACAGUACCUAUCCAGGGCUGAGGCUAUAGUUCAGUGAUAAAGCAUUUGUCUAGCUUGCACAAUGUCCUGAGUUCAGUCCCAAGUGCCAUGAGACAACAAAAAAAUAAAACUUUCUUAUAAAAAUA